UCCAACUCACUUCAAAACAAAAAAAAAUUCGAAAUCGGGCGGUUGUGUUGUCGCGCUGCGCAAAGCAAAUUCCGGAUUCGUUCGGACUUCAACUAACGGCCCGUGUGAGCGGCACUUUUCUAACGGAACAUUAAGCUCUGUGUUUAUGUGUACAUGUGCGCGUGUGCGUCAGUGUGUGUUUACCCACAAAGCUGGGCUACAAUAUUACAAGCAACUAAUGCUAAAAUAGAGAAAAUUUAAAAUAAAAAGUAAGUGCUAAAAAACAAAGAGUAAGAACUGAAACAGUUUCAUAUCGUGGUUAACCAUUGGACUUUUAGACCUGCAAAAACGCCGCUACGCCGGCAGACAUAUCAAAGCAGGGAUUAUUUCGGACUGAAAAAUUCACUUUAAAGGCGCUCAAGAGUGAAAACCGUGGCAGCAUAAAGAAUAACAAAUUGAAGCCAACCAAACGGAACCAACUUCGGGGCAAAAGUGCGUACCGGUUCCGCCAAUUAAAAUCGAUGACACAGCAAAUCAGUGUCAAUCAAGCUGUGGGAAAGCGACACGAGCUUCCACAAAUAUGCGCCAGCAAAUAAAUUUCGUUGGACGCUAUAAUGAGCCAUAUCAACGAACAAAUAUUUUCCACGCCGCCAGCCACUGGAAUGGGAAAUGGCCAAAACAAUGAGCAUGAGCAGCAGCAACAGCAACAGCAACACCACCAGCAGCAGCAGCAACAUCAUCAUCAUCAGUAGCAGCAUAAACAGGAACAGCAACAGCACUUGAGUAAAUAGAAAAUCAGUGUUCUGAAUCAAUACAAAAUCAAUAUAAAUAGUGCGCGGCGAUAGACAGAAAUUGAUUGUCAACAUUAUUCGCUGUCGCGCUGAGCGAUAAAAACCCGAGUGGCGGCAACAAAAGCCAGCGAAGCAUUGAAAGCCAAACAAAGCCAAAAUCCCCAGCGAAAAUGGGUGGCAAGCACCAGGGAUCCACAACGGGCGCCUCUUCCUUGGGCGGCGGCAGCCACAACUCCAGUCUGUGCAACUCGGUGAUGACGAAUGCCACCAACGCCAGCAGCAGCCUCACGCAGCAGCAGCAGCAACUCCAGGCCAAGUACAUCAAGUCGAAGCGCCACCAGAGCCGCUACACCAGUCUGCAGCAUUCUGGUCACGAUUCCGGCAGCUAUCUGCACCUCAACUCGCUCUGGUCCAUCUGGUACGGGGUCCUGCUGACCCUGUUCCAGGGCUACUUGGCCAUGCACGGCGCCUACAGGUUCCUCGGCUGCUCUCUGAUACCCUGGAAAAUCGAGCCCGUGGCCGAGUUGAAUCUGCAAAUUGUCCUGUCUGGAGUGGUCUUCAUCCUGCUGCCAGUGUUUUUCACAUCGGCAGUGUUUAAGGUUGGCAACUUGGCAAACGACGGCAUCAAAUUGGCCACCGGCGCCAGGGAGCGGCGGUGUACUCUAUCGCCCCACGAUGGCUUGGAGGAGGAAUCGCGGGGUGGAACCCUUCGGGCACUUUGGACCCAUGGAGGACCCACGGCGGCCUUCGUCCACAUCCUGAUUGCCCUCUGCCUGCUGCUGCCGCGAUUGCUCCUCGAGGCUCGCAUCAUUGAGAACGGAUUGCUGCCAAAAGAGCAAAUUUGGGCCACUGAAUUGGACUUUGUUGUGAUCAAUCGACGCAAUUUGAUGGCCCUGUCGGUGGUGGGUCCCACACCACCCUAUUCCACCCAGCGGCACCACCAGCAGAAUCAGCAACAGCACCACCAAUCGAGACUGAACCUGACCGCAAACAGUUUGGAACAGGACGAGGAGGACUACUUCAACGAUACGAUGUUCACGGCCAUUCGAGGAGUGCCGCCGGCCGGGGGCAAUAACAAUUUGUUCGACCUGCGACCCGAUAAGGCGGCAAGUGGCAACAGAAAGGCGGCGGCCAAGACGACGGCAACGACGAAGACAACAAUCGGCAAACUGGAUGCGGGCAAGGGCCAAUACUUUGAAGUGCCCGAUUUAAUUAAUCAAGAUAUCGACGAGGAGGAGCGCCAGGAACUGGAGGAGGCCAUCGGUGGUGGCGGGGAUGAGGAUGAGGAGGAUGAACUUGGCGAGGAGGGCACUGUUAUCAUGCCCGAUUUCGAUGAGUUGCCGCCAAGGAAGGCGGUUGGCACGACAACAACCACAGCCGGCAAGUUGGAUGUGGAGAACUGGCAAAAGCUGGGAACCCUUGGCAAAGAAACCGCAUCAACAAGCUCAAGUACAACACCGUCUACCACCACCACCACCACCACCAGCACUUCUAGCACCACCACAACGACAACAACCACGGCUGCGACGACAACUAUGAGCAGUAGCUCUUCAACUAGCACAACAACCGUAAAACCCUUGGAAAUAACAAGUAGCAAACAACCGCAUCACCACCAUGGAAAAUCAAGAAAGCACCACAAACAUCACAACAAGCAGAGACAACAGCAACAGCAGCCACGUCGUCACCAUGUGGCCUCCCACGAGCAGGCGAUCCUCGAGAGCUUCCAGGAGGAGGAGACCACCACCCGGGACAGCAGCAUCCAUCGAGUGAAGCCCGAAGUUCUGCCGGAAAUCCCUAUUCCCUCAACACCCGAUUCGGCAUCCAAUUCGAAGAUCAUUGCCAUAAAGCCAAAGAACCAGAAGCGAAGGAUUUCGAAGAGAGCAGCUGGAGUGGAAAUCGAACCGGAAUAUUUGCUCGGCGAUGCCAAUAUAAAUUCCAGUGAAUUUGUGGCCAAGUCCAAUGAGGCGGAACCCGAGGAGGGUGAGGACUUCGAGCUCGAGGAUGGGGAAUUCCAGGCCGUGCCCGCUCUAACCCCUUCACCACCGGCGGCACCAACGAACCCGAAAUCUGGCCAGGAUUACGUCCGGCUGGAUGGAUUUGCCGGCAUGCUGCAGCUCUUCUUUGGCAUCGACAAACCCAUCGAUGUGGCCAUUUUCUCCCAGCCUCCAAGUGCUGAGUUUGUGAACUUGCUGUGCGCCUUGUUGGUCUGGUCCGUUCGCUAUCCGGCGGUGUUUUGGAACACCUCGAAGGCCUUUGCCUGCGUAUUCAGCCUCCAAAUGGUCGUGGCCGCCUUGGAUAUUAUUCUGGGAUAUGUGGGUGUGUCGAAUCUGUAUAAACUGCAGAUCUACGCCGAAGCGAUGCCAGUGCAUCAACCUGGUUUAAUCCUAAAUGCAGUUGUCACCUUGGCUCUGUAUCUUUUGGCCACCGCCUUGGUGGUUGCCUCUUCGAUGGUCAUGUAUUUGUAUGGACAUGGAAGGUUGGCCACGCGGAUGAGGGAUCGCUCUAUUAUCACCCUGAAGAGCCAUCAAACCUGGAUCUACUUUGCUCACUGCGCAUCCUUGUGCUUCGUCCUUGCUUUGGCGGUGGUGAAGGCGCCGCUGCUCAACGAUCUCAGUGCCACCUACAAGAACAACCUGCACUGUCCCACUUUUCUGGCUGCUCUCGUCGGGGUGACACACCUGCUGCUGUGGAUUGUCAUCUGGCUGUGCCUGACCAUCAAGCGGCGCUGGCACUUUAAGCUCCCGCCCCUGGACAGCACUUAUGGCGGCCUGCUGGGAAAGGCCAGUGCCCAGCCGCUCCUGAUGUCCAGUGGCCAGCGAACGGGCAGCAAUUCGAGCAGCAGUGGCUGCAACUCCACCAGCACCACCGUGAAUGGUGGUGACUCCAAGCCGGACAUGAUGAGCACCGCCACCAGCACGGAACUUGGGAUGAGCGGUGGUGGUCUAAAUGGGGGAAUGGGCGGUACGGGAAUGGGACUCGCCGCCCAGGAGGAUAUCUAUUGGCCCAAAUUGACGCCCAGUUCGCCCAAGCUGAAGGUCACCUUCAACGAAGUUACGAGUACGUCUGAUGAUGUCCUACUAAUUGGUGACCAAGAACAAACUGAUGGCAAGCGCCAUACGAGCCGUGGAGCCUCGAUAUGUUUUGCCGGUGCUGCGGGGGAAGUUGACGACGGCGAGUACGCGACACUAAGGGCAGCCACCGCCGGAGCCGUUGUGGGCAUCACCAUGGGCAGCAUAAAGAGGGGCGUCAGCAGCACUUCGGUGGGGGUCAGCCUGCUCCACCUCUCCGAGUACGAUGAACUACCGCCACCGCCACCGUCGUCUUCGUCGUCGGCCAACCAACACAAUCAUCACCAUCAGCAGCAGCAACAGCAACAGCAACAGCAGCAACAUCAGCGGUCGACUCAAUUGUUUGCCCAUGGACAUCCCCACGACUAUGCGAACCUCAGCGGAUUGGGUGGCAUCAGCGACGACAACAUCUCCGAGGAGGGAAAGCUGCUGGCCUGUGUGCGCGAUGACAGCAUCACAUACGCCUCCACCAGGGAUCUUGAGCCGCCACAGCCGUCGGCACAGGCACACUCGCAACCACCGCCGCCACCCCCGCCGCUGCCGAUGAAGGGAGCACCAGUGCCACAACCACCAGCGGUGCUGCCGCCCCACCACCACCACCACAACGGCAUCUACGGACGGGCUCCUCAAGCGAUGCCGGAGAUGAUGCAGUUGUCGCCCGAGCACCACCACAAUCCACUUCAGCACUCGCUGCAGCAGCAGCAGCAGCAAAAGCAACAGCAGCUGCAGCAGCCACAGCAGCAUCCUCUCCAGCAGAAGCAGCAGCAGCAGCAGCAUCAGCCACCCCAGCAUCAUCCUCUCCAGCAGCAGGGCAAUCCGCACCAGCAUCAGCAUCUAGUCAGCCCCUUGGCUCCGGUCACGGUCGCCGUUCACACCAACGAAGCGCAUAUCGCCUCCAGUUCCACACCCCGCUGCCUCCGACGCGCCGAUUCGGGCGUUCCCAAUGAGGCACUGACGCCUCGCAGCGACACCACCUCCACCACCGAGAGCACCAACACCACCUCGCCGCCGGAACGUGCCCCAUCCGAGUCCUCCAGCGGCGUUCAUUCGGGCGAGGAGCGUGAGCUGGAGGUUAUCAUACGACCGCGGGCCAACAGCAAGCCGCCGCCACGCCCCCCACAGCCGCCCAUUCAAGAGGAGCCCUACGGCCGUUGCACCAAUAUGCGCAUGUCCAGCUUCAAUGCCGAUCCCUCCGGUGGCGCUCACACCGCCUCCUCAUCCACGUCGGUCAUCAAUAGUGCCACCCUGCCGCCGCAGCGUUCGAUGCCGGAGCAGAAGUUCGACUAUACGGCUCACUGCAGCACGAUGCCGCUGCCGGUGGGCUGCCACAGCCAGCAGCUCAACGGGAACGGUGGUGCAGGCGGCUAUGCCUCCACCUCGGCGAUGACCAGCUCCAUGGGUCCGCAGUCACAGGUCUCCAGCUUCAUGACCCCGAAUAGCAUGCACUAUGCCAAUGCCUCCGUGGCAAUGGGAAACAGCAGCGGUGGUGGUGGUGGUCAGCAGCCGCAUACAACGCUGCCGAAUGGAGUUCGCUACUCAAAUCCGCACUUCCUGCGCCGUCUGCCACAUGUGACCAAGGCGGCUGAGUCGCCAUACGGACACCUGGGCUACGGAGCCGGUCAUCAUGCCUUCGCCAAGCUGCCGCACGAGACGCAUCCCACGAUUCCGGAGGAUCGGGACUCGGCCAACUACUCGAUGGCCUCCGACCAGGAUUGCGGAUUGUAUGUGACGGCCCAGCUGCACUAGGAUGGUGGGGAAUCCCUCUUCUGGCUCAUCUACUAUACUAUGAACUUAGACUUACUGCAAACCCAAUGCAAUCCCAGCCUGGAAAACCUUUUAAGCAGUUCUACUCUAAGUUUAAGUUUGAUUGCACUACGGCAUCAUCAAUUUAGUAAGCAGUUUAUCUUUUUUUUUAUUUAAUCGAAUAUGUUGUAGUGCAAUCGGAACGAAGAACUCUAGCAUUAUCCCUAACCAUAUCGCUCUAAGUUAGCCUCUCGGUUUUUGUACAGCUCCGGGCCCAAAAGAGAAGCCAUACCAAAUCCACUAAUCUUCCAAAGGAUCAGCUGGUUACCGAAUCCUAUGCGAAUUAAAUUACACUUCAUUUGCUUUGCCUUGACGAUGAUCCACUCAAGUAUGUAGACGACCCACGCAACAGAUAAAUUAAACCCUAAAUUAUGUCUAAAUCUAAACUACAACUACAUCUACGUCUAAAUCUAAAUCUAAAUAUAUAUAUUUAUAUUUAUACAUGCUAUGCUCGUAUACAAUGUGUAAGAUAAUAAGCUAAUCGUGUUUAAGUAAUCAAUGUAAACUAAAGUUUAUCAUAUCAUAUAUGAAUGAAUAUCUAUAGCUAAAUGUAAGACCCUAAUAAAUAUUAAUCUGAAAGGAAUAAAAUAUCAUAGCUCGAUCAUGUGCAAGCACUCCAAGUAUUUUCCCCUAAGCAAUUUCUCUUAUCCGAAAAAGAAAAACUAAAACUAAAAAAAAAGGAACAAAAGGCAUACGAAUUUAAGCAGCAAUUGUAUGGUUUUUACUGUAAGGAUCAACUGUAAAGUGGUAAAUCGUAUUUUUAUGGCACUAACUAGCCAAAAACGUUAUGCUUCAGCUAGUCGGCAUAGAUGAUAGACACCCAGCAAGGCUUUGGCAUAUGUACGAGUAUUUUCUAUGGUCUCUCAACGCUUAACGUUUAAGAUGAAUGUAAAAUGUAAUGUAACAAAGCGACAAUAUGAAUAUUAUCUAAUGUAUGAUACGAAUGAAUACUAUCCACGGCCCCAUACAUAUCUCACACGCACAAGACUUUCGACCUUGACCUCUUGCACGCUGGAAUAUCCUUACACCAAUACACACACCCGCUUGUUAGGUUUUGUUUAUUGAGCCUCCGCGUAAGUAGAUAAAUGUAUUUUAUUUUUCUUUUAAUUGGAGCUGAUGUUUGCUCUCGAAGGUUAAGCGUACCCGGUAUUAAUUAUAUCUAAUUAAAAUCAACGUGAGCAACCACUCGAUAAUUGCUAAUUGCACAUCCUUUUUGUAGAGCAUUCAUAAGACCAGUCGUAUUUAUUUUCGUUAUAAAGACUGAUUAGUAAUAUAAUACAUUUCGAAUUGCACAUCCAUCAGAGAACGUAAAAAGAGAUCCAAAGUCAGCUUGAGAAAUUCAUAGCAUUGAUACGAUAGUGGGUAGGCCAUAAAUAUAGUUUAGUAUGUCGUCAUUAACUUGGUUCCUUUGAGAAACGCACUAAACUAUACGAGAUAUCAACAGUUAAGAAACAACAACUUUUGUAAGAUAAUUUCUAAUUGAUUGAAACAUUAUUCAAACGAAAUAUCCAAAAGAAAUACUAAGUAUGCUCUAAAAACUUGAUUAAUUAACCUGGGUCAAAUUUUUUUGCGCAAGCGAGCCAAACCUGUAAAUGAAAAUAAGGUUAAACCCAGUAUCCGAUAUGGCGCAUGCAUCUAAAAACAUUUAUAUUUAAUAAUAUAAAAAAUAAAUGUUUAAAUUAUUUAUACACACAAUAUACGGAUUAAAUGGUUUAUCAAUGGUAAAUAAAGAAAUACCACCGCUUUAUGUAAAACCCCAA